AUCACUGGUCGGUCAUGUGUGUGUCACUCUUACGUUCACACUGGUACCGUUCGGAGUGCUUGGUUACCGCGCUGCCGCCGUUACCGUCACCCAAAUAGUGUGUGCCUGGUAUACACGGUGUGACGGCCGUAAGUUUUAAAAGUGUCACUCCGUGUUCGGUGUGGUCCUGGAUGUGGCGAUUGGGCAGGCGAGAUCCUGUGUCGGUGCCAGGAUUAUCGUGAUCGUCAUCGUGAAUGGGGUGACGGCGGGCGCGCAGGUGGAGCGGACUGUAAAAGGAGCGCGACGGAGGAAACGGAAAAAAGGAGACACGGUGGUGCCCGGGAAGAGAACGGGCCGCGUUUCAACGACCGGGAAUUUUCGGUUCUUGUUGUCCAGACGUGCACGUAGGAGCAAGGAGUGGCUGUGCUGCUGCUGCUGGUGCUGGCGCUGGCCGACUGUCGAAAGAAGAGGGAGAGAAAGGAGAAUCGUGCGCGCCUCAUGGCCCUGUUGUUUCUCGGCCCGUCGUGAUCACGAGGAGAACUGAUCUCCGAGUACUCGGAGUGCUGUUUUGGUGUUUUGGUGGCGAAUAACCAAGUGGUGAUCGGUGCUCCAGGUUCUUCGUCUCAGCGGUUCAGUGCUACGUGGGGUUUUCUUUUUUGGGGGAGAGGCACGCUCGUCGGAGGAUCGGAAUAGAGGAAAAGAGAACGACUGAGAUAGUGGGAGUAAGAGGGUGACAGGGAGAAGUAGAUACAUAGAUAGAGGAGGAGAAAGGGUGAUUGGAAGACCCGGCUGGCGAUCCGAAUUCGCGGAUUCGACACGCCGCGGUUGCCGAUCCAUAAUAUGGCGUACAAGUUUCGCGAAGAGAUCGUGGGAAAGAGGUUUCUCUCGGUGAGUGGUUUCACCAAGCUAAAGGUGAAUAAGAUCAGUGAGUGGGGGUGGCGUGCAGGGGUGAUUCGUGCUGCCAGUCACAGGGAUAACGGCUGUCAUGAUCUUCAGAUCCUCGUAGAAUACGACGACGUAGAGUGGCAAAGAAGAGAAUGGUUAUCGCCGCAUAGGGACACGGUGUUCUCUUUCUUCCUGGUGGAAAAGGGACUAUCCUGGGCCGAACGACCCGACCCCAGGCAUGCCAGUCUCAUCGCCAUCGAUCAUCACAACCACGCGAAUAAUAACCAUCAUCAUCAUCAUCAUCGUAUAAACGGGAAACCUCUGAGGGGCGCCACUGCUGUCGCGAACACGGUCGCCUGGCCAGCUCUAGCAUUCUACCCCUUGGUGGCACGUGCCGAAUUACCGGAAGACACGAUGCCUCUCGAAUUCAUGCAGGAUCGAAGGUUGGACUUUGUGGACUACGCCAAGCUGAAACCGUUCACCCAGGACUGGGAGCUGACGAAGGGCUCGGUGCCCUGGGCAAGCGCCGUCAGGCGAUGGGCAGAGAUGCAAGACGGACAGAGGAUACUGCUGACCACGCCAAGUGUCCUGGUUGGCUUCAGGGUCGAGGUUUAUCGGGCCGAAGGCACCACGCAAUGGUAUACCGCCGUCAUUGUUGGUUACAACGAGUCCACCAAGGACUUGACUGUCACCGACGACACAGUUCUCGAGGAUCACAACGAGGACCCCAGCUUAGUACAAAUGCGACUGAUUGGCGACGGAGUGGUGGAGAGCAUCAUGAGAGGCGAGGUCGUCGGCAUGACACCGAGGAGGUCGAGGUCAUCGACUGCUCUGACGCACGCGCUCGUCGUGCCACGACCUGGAAGGAGGCCCCGAGGACGUCCUGGGAACGCCACACAGUUACAGACUACGCCCAGGAUACAAAGUCCCGUGUCGCAGCAUCUCGAAAAAGGUAAAUAUCCAGAGUUUUGGACGCCUGCUAAAGGCUCUACGAUCGGCUCAGCGUGGGUAAGGAGAGUUUCGCGGAAGGUACGCCGUUGCGACUGCUUGCCAAGACGUUUCAAAAAGAACACAGCGCGCAACAGUCGGCGAAGACCCGUGAACGAGGCUGCCAGUCGCGAGAGGUUAGAAAAGGACGCUGAGACCGGUCUGUCGACGCGACAAGAAGAUCGGGAAAACAAGGGUCCGCCAUCGGGCAGACCGAGCAAUCGAAUACCGCGAACGGUAUUGGAAGAGGCGAACAGCGCGUCCAGUAGCGCCUCGAAGCUACGGAAACGCGGCUCCGCGGUAAAAAGCCCGGUAGAGAGUCAGUCGCAGAGACCGGUGCGACGGAGACCGAGGCCAGCGGCCGUCCAAGAAGCGAAAACAGAAUCGGUGGAGCUCGAUCGGCCGGCGAGCAUCAAGUCUUGCGAGAAGGAGGAACGUCUUGGAGGCGGCAGAUCGGAAGAAGACGACAGGGCCGCGCAAGAGGACGAGGAGGAGCCUUGCGAUCCGUUGACCAAAAGGCUGAGGGCAUGUCCGGUCGGCCGGAAGCUUAGAUCCGAGCGUAAAGGGAAAGGUAGCGAAGAAACCGCGUCCGAUCGGGAGGAAACAGAAAUCGAAGAAAGGAAAGAAGAAGAAGACGAGGACGGGGACGAGAGGAAAGCCGACAAGCUCGAAGAGAACGAGGAAAGUCAAUCGAGAGAACGGGACAGAGAACCGGAGCCGCCUCCACCUCCGGACAAAGUAGACCCUGGAGGCGACUCGAGUCCAUCGAGGACCAAACUAGACCCGGAAAGGGAGGUACGAACGGCAGGGCGGGAUAAGAGCAAGGAACAGGUGUACCCGAAUGGCUCGCUGCUCGACUCGUCGUCGGUCGGUGAGAAAGCGAGCGUCCUCCUCGAUGCCGACGCCGCGCUGCUGUUGAAGCCCGCGAUCGAGUCGAAGGCAAAGGGCAUCGAGGAGGAAGAGGAAGAGGAAGAGGAAGAGGAAGAGGAGGCGGAGGCGGAGGCGGAGGCGGAGGAUCAAGACGAAGAGGAAGAAGAGGACCGGGGCUCGCGAAGGACCGAACCGACCACCGAGCUAGGCACGGAGGAUAGCGUGGGUAGCGUGAACGGCGCGAGGGCGGCGAGCGUCGAAUCGGUCGUCGAGCUGCUGGAGUCGAGCAGUCAGGACUCAGGCUCCGUGCUGGAGAGGCUGAGUCCGCUAAGUAGCAGCGGCGGCGGCGGCUCUGGCAGGCAGAACCUGCUCCUGGAGCAGCAGCGGGAGCAGGACCGAAACCGGCACAACGAGAGUCCUGUCAUCCUAGCCGAAAGAUUGAACAAGCCGCCACCGCCGAGCGCUGGUCACCACCAUCACCAUCAUCAUCAGUUUCAGCAAUACCAUCAGCACCGGCAUCAACAGUCGUUGCAGCAGAAUCACCAUCAACAACAGCAGCAGCAGCAGCAACGGUACGCUGCUAGCAGUCCGGUGAUACACCAUCACCAUCAACAGCAACAUCAGCAGCAGCAGCAGCAGCAGCAGCAGCAACAGCUUCACCAGCAUAGGGUGGUAAACAGUCCGCACCAGCAGCAUCAUCAACUUCACCAUCAAUUGGCCCCGACUAGCCUCCACGAGGUGCAACAGCAGUCUCACGCACCGAGGGGCGGCGAUGAGGCCGGCCUCAUGGAAGUGGAGGCGGGGGCCGGUAUACCUGGAAGCGGUGUCCUCGCCGGUGUGCCAGCAGCGGUCGGUAUCCGAGCGGUCGGAGCCGCGGCUGGCAGCGCCGUCGCUACCGGUGCCUACGGCGACAGCGGCUCCGACAGUGGGGUAAGCUCCCUGAGGAGUGCCGGUUCUGGCGACGAAAGGAGCGGCAGCAGAAGUUCCGCGCUCAGCGUCGACGAGACGACCACGUCCUCGGCACCGACGGCCGCCGCGACGCCGGCCAGGGUCUGGCACGUGCAGAGCGUCCAGCACACGUCCUUACUGAUGGCGCAUCCCCAGGCACCGCCGCCCAACACCGGACCCAGUUCCGCAGCCGCCGCCGCGCCGGUUGGUUACCAGGGCUCUGCCCCACCUGGCCAUCAUCAUCCUGCGGUCGCCUCCGAAAUGCUAUGGAGAUCGCCCAGGUACCCACCUCCGCUCUCACACGCUCUGCUCGGACCCGCGCAGCCCAAUCAGGAGGAGCUCAUCGAGAGGGAGAGAAUGCUUCGGGAGCGGCGAGAAGCGGAAGUCCGGCUGGAACGUGAACGCGAGAAAAGGGAGGCCAAGAUGGAAAGAGAGAGGCUCGAGAAGCAAAGGGCCACCGAGCAGGCAGUUCACAAGCACUUUGAGGAGUCCCUCAGGCUGGCACAUCAAAAGGUGUCUUAUGUUCCACAGAGAAACAUGCAGUCGACCUCGAUGACGUGGAACACGUUCAUCCCCAUGGCGCCGUCAGGUAGCAGGACGCACGCCGCGCCUCAUUCGGGUAUGACGGCGCACGUGGGCCAUCAUCAUCCGGGGGCAGGGGUGGCGAGCGGGCAUCCGGUGACCGUGGCGCAGCAACAGCAACGCGAAAGGGAAGAACGUGAACGCGAAGCCAGAGAAAGAGACUCGAGGGAGCAGAGACAGCGAGAAACCGAGAACAUGGGGAUGAGGGAACACCUGGUUUCGGCCGAAAGACUGCACAGACAGGUCGAUGUCAGGGAACACGUUGUAGCUCAGCAGAGAGCUGCUUAUUACGCAGCCACAGCACCUCCGACUCAGCAGGUGUCUCGGCCGUCGAGCGUACCUGGUAAAGUCGAUUAUCCACCUCCUCCGGCGCACUCGAGAACGUCAAAGUCGACGCUCCUGGUCGGCAGUCUUCACGAGAAACCGCCGUCGGUGGUGGGGCCGUCGCACAGCUCUCUGCCCAAGGUCGAGCCGAACGUGGGUCUGUUCAGUUACUCGUCGUAUCAACCGCAGUCGUCGUACAUGCACGACAUAAAGGUGAAGAGCGACGUGGUGGGUCAACCGCCGCACAAGUCUUUGCAGAGCAAAAGCGGGUUGGCCGGGGGUCUCGAGAGGGAUCAUCACGGGAGGGAGGUUCUACAGAAUCCCCCGUCGCUUCUUCAGGACCACAAGAGUUCGGUGAUAGUGAAGAACGAGGGCCGGGAGUUGCCCAAGGUGCCGACGUCGCAGCAACACUCGUCCAGCCCAAAGAUCAUGCCCUAUCUGAACGUCCAGUCGGUGGCGCCGCAACACAAGCCGUACGAGUACAGAAGCCCCACGCAGAGUCCGCACCACCACCACCACAUGGACGCUGUUGGUCUACAGGCGGCCAAGAGCAUACCUCAGGGUCACCACAGGACCGGUAGCGGGCCUACCACCGCGACGCAGUUGCCCAGCCCUCACGGGCACCCACCACCGCACUCGCACAAUCGACAGUCGCCGCACGCUCAGCAUCCUCAUCAACCGCCGCAUCCGUCGCCGCCCGAGCCGCGUUAUCUCACCAGGCCGGAACCGGGAUUACCUUACGCCACCGCCAAGUCCUCGUAUCCGUAUCCGCAUUCUCAUCCGCCCACGGCCUCGCCGACCUCGCAUUACGCCGCGCCGCCGGGAUCGAAACCGAAAGUCAGUAGUCCAGCGCCGCCUCACAUAUACGGCAAACCGAAUUCCGGCAUUAUGACGGGCACGCCGGUCUGCAGAGCCUCGGAACCGGCCGUCGCCGCCCCGAUCCCGCUCACCUCGAAACCCGGUAGCUCGCCUUACCAGCAAGUGCCUCAUCAUCACGGGGCGCCACCACCACCCCUGCCGCCGCCCGCUCACAGCAGAUCCGUCUACGACCCCAGGGGUUUCACCGGGUCCAUGCAAGCCGCCAAACUACCGCCGCCUCCUCUUCACGGUUCUCCGCCGACUGCUGCCUCGGCGCCUCUCUCCAGGCCCAUCGCGCAUCCUGCCCAUCACACCAGUCCUCACCAGCAGCCCGGGCAAACGGUCCAGCACUCGCAACCUCAGAUCAACACAGCCUUCCAGACGCAGCCGCUCGACCUCGGCGUCGAGAGGUCCGGCUCGCCGAAGAGAAAGGCGCCGACGCCGUUGAUGACCGAGAGCAACCCGGGCCAACCGGUCUCCCUCGAAGUCUGCAAGAAACGCAGAACCGAGGAACCACAACCAUUGUCCCUCCAAUGCGGCGUCGGUCCCCCGGUUCUUUCCCGAGUCAGCGAGCCGAGUCCGCUGAUCGCCUCGGCCGACACCUCGAUCACCACAGUGGUCAAUACGGCGGCCCUGCUGGCGCAACCCAACCUGACUCAAACGCAAGAGCGAACCGUCACCGCGGUCAGCCCGGCGCCUACCACGGCCAGUGGCGACGGUUCCGUCAGACCCCCUAGCACGGGCAGCGUCAGCUCCCUCAACCCAACGAUCAGCGCUGCGCCUAGUCCAGCGCCUAUACCUAGCCCCGCACCCUCCACCGCCCCGAGUCCAGCACCAAGUGCACCAGGCACCCCCGCCAAAGCCAACCCAACCGCUAUGGAUAGCGAGAAGUCCAACAGUCCAGCGCCCAGACCACCCAGCAGCACCAGCUAUCCUGUUCACAAGUUGAAGAAGGCGUGGUUGCAGAGGCAUUCCGGCGAAGACGGCACCGAGGACACCACCGGUGUCGUCGGCAGUGGUUCUUGCGUCACGUUGCCGCUCAAUAUCUCUCAAGCGCCCUCGCAACCGCUCAACAACAAAGAGCGCGACGCGUCGUCGAACAACGCCAACGCGACGACCACUUGUAUGCCCAGCGCCGUCAAUUCUAUCCACAAUAUCGGUAGCAUGGCGGUGAAUAGCAUUAACAAGAGCAAAGUGACCGCCAAGAGCGCCCGCAAAACGGCCAACAAGGAGUCCCUCAAUGGACAUGCUACCGACACGAAAAACUUACAAGAAGACUCGUCCAGCAGCGACCCGGAGAGGAAGUCGCCGCCAAAAAGGAAACCACCCAAGGUAAAACGAAAGAAGGGCGCUGCACGGAGGCAGCAAACUACCGCGGAAGAUCAGCGGAGGCGAAAAGAAGACAAGCAAGGUGGAGUAGCUGGUGUUGCCAGCGAGUCUAGCAACGAGAGCGAAGCUGGUUCUGCUAGCGAUACCAGCGAACAGUUGGGUUCCGUUCAACCUACGUCGAGGGUGCGACAUACCACAGUCAAUUCCAACAAUUCCUCAGGAAACGGAAAUAAUAAGGAACCCAGGAAACGAGGUAGAAGACCAAAGACUACGAAAGGUAAUGAAUUAGGAGGAGAAGAUCAACAACCUCGUCAAAAAAAAGAACGUAGAGACGACAGUGCGAGCGGUGGUAACAGUGGGCCAGGUGGAAGCGGCGGAAGGGGAGAUCCCUUUCGCAGACCUCCGAUAUCACAACUAAAGAAAACUGGUGAUAGCUGGUUGCAAGACGGCGCUUGCUUCGAAGUCGCCGCAAAAUUGGCUAAAUGUCGUGAGUGCAGAUGGACACCGCACCAGCGCUCCAAAAAUCUUCCACAAAAUAUUUUCUGCAGAUUUUAUGCAUUCCGUAGAUUACGGUACACCAAAAAUGGACAAUUGGCUAUAGCAGGAUUCAGUGAUCCGCACAAGGACGCGUCCGAGGUGUUACAGGUAGAUCUUCGAUUAUGGUUACCGGGAAAAGACAGUUCGGAUACGAAGAAAGAUGAGAAAUCUGACAAAAACGACAAAGAGAAAGGGGACAAGGAGGAUCUAGACCUGGAGAUGGCUCACAGAUUACUUCGUCAAGUUGGUGAUCAGUUUUGUGAUCUCUUGCAUCAAGAAAAGGAUGCUCUUCAACAGCAUAAGGCGGAAGCGAAUUCGGGACUUGUAGACGGAACGGUAGCUUGGAAACGAGUGGUGCAAGGCGUUCGAGAGAUGUGCGACGUUUGCGAGACGACCCUUUUCAACUAUCACUGGGCUUGCGGUAAAUGCGGUUUCGUUGUGUGCAUCGACUGUUACAAGGGACGCAAGAAUGGAACGAUCAAAAUUUGGGGCGAAAGUGGAAAGGACAGGGACGACUUCUCGUGGCUAUUGUGCACCAACAGACAAGUACAUGAACCCGAACGACUGAUGCUCACUCAAAUUAUCGCCGGUGAUAGUUUGAUACGUCUCGGACAGCGACUUCACGAAUGUCGAGCAGAAUGGGGAAUACCCCAACACUGCGGUUGCUCGCUCGUCGUUCAAACUUCUGCCAACGAGUUUCUCCGAAACAUGAUAAAAGGUGAUACGAUGCCGGUUUUAAACGGGAACGUGAAGCAGGAGAUCAAGGAAGAGAAAAAGGUGAACGAGUCGAACGGAUCGUCCGAGAAUAAAACCAACGAAGAGGAUAAGAAUUCUCCGUUAAAUUGGCUGGCGGAUGUAGCGUUGCAGAACCAGGAUAAAAACGAGAGCGCUUCUAGCUCGGAUUCCGACGAAGAUCGGGAUGGCAAUUAUUCGACGUUACGAGAAUUGCUUAUUCGACCGUCUCACAAAUCGAACGGCAACGGGUCUAGAUCGAACUCGCCGACGAACAAUUCCGGGAGCGUUAACGUCACGUCCGGAAACAACGCGACGAACAACGUUACAAAGUCCGGCAAGAAAUCGAAAAUGGAUACGCUAGACGAGGUGAUAUCCAGCGUGAUAGAACACAGUGUGAAAAAGGAGAGGGAAGGUGGACUGGACGACGAGAAGCCGAGGGAGCUUAAGCAUUUUGUGAGAAGGUAUAAGUGGACGCAGAAGGGAAGGGAACCGUUGCCUAUCAGGAUCAUGACGCUCACCGAAAGCAAGAGUCUCUACCCGGAUGUGCCGCACUCGUGGCUGUGCGACGGUAAAUUGCUCAGGUUAAACGAUCCGAAUAAUCCCAACAACUAUAGAAUAUUUCAAGAUCAAUGGAAACGCGGACAACCAGUCAUCGUGUCGGAUGUUUCGAAAUCAUUGGACAUGGAUCUCUGGCAUCCGGACUCGUUCGCCAGGGACUUCGGUGACGAAAAGAACGAUCUUAUUAACUGUAUGACCGGGAAUUUGGUGCCGAAUCAACCGAUGCGUAAAUUCUGGGAAGGAUUCGAACAUUUCUCCAAGAGAUUAAAGGACGAGAGGGGGAAUCCGAUGUUGUUAAAAUUGAAAGAUUGGCCGCCUGGCGAGGAUUUUGCGGAAUUGUUGCCGUCGAGGUUCGCCGAUUUGAUGAAAGUUUUGCCGUUGUCGGAGUACACCCAUCGAAACGGACGUUUGAAUCUAGCUAGUCGUUUGCCCGACUGCUUCGUCAGACCGGAUCUGGGGCCCAAGAUGUACAACGCUUACGGUUCGGCGCUCCAUCCGAACAAGGGCACAACUAAUCUUCACCUGGAUAUUUCCGAUGCCGUUAAUGUGAUGGUUUACGUUGGAAUUCCAAAGGACACCGACAACGACGAACACGUGAAAGAAGCACUGAGGGCGAUAGACGAAGCAGGCUGUGAUAUCCUGACGCGGCGACGUGUUCGCGAACGCGGAGAAGCACCCGGUGCAUUAUGGCACAUCUAUGCAGCCCGAGACGCGGACAAGAUUCGAGAUUUGUUGAAUGCGGUAUCUUUGGAACGUGGCGCGCGUUUGGAGCCGCAUCACGAUCCUAUCCACGAUCAGAGCUGCUAUCUCGACGGACCACUAAGAGAACGCUUGUACCGCGAAUACGGUGUCGAAGGAUACGCUAUCGUGCAGUGUCUAGGCGAUGCGGUAUUCGUGCCAGCUGGUGCGCCGCAUCAAGUCCGUAAUCUCCACAAUUGUAUAAAAGUAGCAGAGGAUUUUGUAUCGCCGGAAAAUGUUUCGCAUUGCUUCCAUCUUACGCAAGAGUUUCGUGCAUUAUCCGACACGCACACCAAUCACGAGGACAAGCUUCAAAUAAAGAAUAUAAUCUACCAUGCCGUGAAAGAUUCCCUGACCGUGCUGGCGAACGUCAAGGAAGAAACUCUUGCCAAACCGAAGACCAACAACGAAAUAAAGAAGGAAGAGACGUAGCCCUAGGCCCCCUGUCGCGGUCGCAAGAACCGUUGUUGAUCCGUUGUUCGACUAAAAUCUCGCUCUAACCAGCGAGUGCAACCUGUUGCCGCUCCUCCGUGCUCUCCCGAACGGCGCGGUGUACACGCUAAUCAGACCGGGAUGACGGGAGGAUCUAAGGAUAAUUUAAGAUACUCCGGAAGUCUGUACCGAGAGGCGCAAGAAUUUGUUGUGGUAUUUGACGAGUAACUCAAAAGUUUAAUUUUCGGUAUUGGCUGAGCCAAUGGAGAGAGAGAGAGAGAGAGAGAGAGAGAUUAUUCGUUGUAUCAUUUGAAUUUCCUUUUUACAUCCUUUUUCGAAUAAACGUGUGAUAGUGGACAUGAAGUCCCCGCGAGUAUUUUCAUUGAAGCAUGGAGCCGGUGACAUGAGAACGCACCGCGGCGUCUAUUUACCAUUGUGAUACCAGAAGGAGGACUUUUGAUCAUACAUUAUUUGUAAUUACUUAUAUCGUGCCUGUAUUCAAUACAUACUGUCUAUAUUGUAUAAAUGUAGAUAAUCGAUCUUACUGUGUAAUGAAUUCUUACUAUAGUAACUACGAGAAGAUUGUCUAGAGGUACCUUUGUGCAAUUAGAUGUCGAUUAAAAAAUUGUUAGCUGGAUCAGUGAUAAUCGUCGAUCCCGUUACCGUGCUCUCGUGAUCUGGUGCUUUUGGUAUCGAAUUAUAAAGGCAAAAGAGGAAGCAACAAGCGCUUUGCCAAAUGGCCGAUAUAUGUUUCUCGCUAGAUUCUUGUGUUCCUCGCGAUAAGAACGCAAGAGUGAAAACACUGCCUAACCCGUUGUUCGCGUCAGUCCAGUCAACGGAUAAGGGAAUCUCUCGAAGCCCUGCGCGUCGAGUACAUUAACGUGUAUAAUAUCCUUGCAGUUCAGCUUUCUCGGGGAUAUACGUAUAUAGGGAUUUCGGUUUGUCUUUCUUCUUUGAAAAAUAUAUCGGCUAUACCGAGCAAAGUCUAUUCGAAAGGUUUGUAUAACUGUCGUUUAUAACAGAGGCAUCAGAACAAAAAUAACAAACAGCAAAACAAGGUUAAAAGUCUGUCGAUACAUUGUCUUCGAGACAUUCAAGAUCGAUCGAAAUUCUUUGGCUUUGUGUAAUUUAUUGUUUUUAUAGAUUGGAUUGACGUUGUGGCCCAGUGAUGACCCAGUAAUAAGGGGUGAGAGAAAAAGAAACAGAAAAAUAAAAACGUGGGGAAAAAAUCUGUUAUUUUUGUCAUGUCACGGAAAUAAAGAACCGUCUAUCCGAAUAGAACAGCGAUAUUCUAAUUGUAUUAUAAUUAAUAACUAAUAACUAUGGUAGCAUUAUUUAACGCGAGGUGUAAAGGAGUAACGAUUUUCGAAGUGCCAAUGUUUUGAACGACGUGAACAUUCUCGCGUGUUUGCACGUUGUGUGUGUCGUACGCGUAGGUAGCAAAAAGAAUGGAAACGGAAAUGAUGGAAUAAAUAACGUAGACGGACAGACAGAGAUUAGUCAUGCAGAAUCCACAGACGAGAGACCGAGUUCCUAUCAUUCAACUUUUUCCAUAGAACGACGAAUCGGUGUUAUUCACGAUACACGCCGCCGUGUCGCGACGUCUGAAUUCAAAAGCCAUCGCCGACCACGUCGAUAUUGAGUUUCCUUAUUACGUAUUUCUAAACUCGCUAAGCACGAGUAUACAAAUGUCACUGUUCGACCCGAAUUUUGAUAUUGCAAUAUCCACCGGAUGAUCCUUGCAAGUAGAUCCUUACCAUGAAAUUUGGAAAUUUUUACAAGUUCCUCGUCCAGUAUGAAUUAACUACACAGUGUCGAAUUUCAUAACCAUUUCUAAAGAGAAAAUCACACGCAAGAAGCGGAGAAACGGUUUGUAGUUCAGUCAGGUUGAAAAAAUGUCGAUCUAGAACGUGUGUGUUUAAUUUUGUUCAUAUAUUACCCAAUUUUGCGGAUUGUCGGAUUCUGUAAGAAUCUCCUGGUGGAUGUAGCAGGAAACAAAAUUUACAUUCGUUGGGUGGCGUAUAAUUGCUAUAGAUUCACAGUUCGGCCGUUUCAAUGAUUUUUGUAAAGAAAAGGUUCGGAAGGCAGCGGCUUUCGAGGACAGAGAUUCAUCGAAUUUAGCAUGACGCGCGCGCGCGUCGUUGGUGCGCUUAUCGAUCGUUCGAAUGUUCACUAUGGCUGGUAAUCUCGAGACCGACGUUAUAAAAUAAGACAAAGAAGAAGAAAACCGAAGAACAAAUCACUGGAAUCCUGGAACCCGCAAUUUCUUUGAUCUCAACAUUCGUCUAGCAUACAACGACUUGAUUAAAUAAUAUUUAACGAGUAAAUUUUUAAAUAUCUUAGUGUCGAUAAGAGUAACGUUAAUAUUACGGGAAUAAUAAGUAACAAACAGCAAGGAAAAGGAUAAAGUACCCCCCUUAUUGAUUCACGAGUGACGACGAUGAUGAUGAUGAUGUAUAAAGUUAUAGAGAAGAAAGAAAAAAAGCAUACUCUGUGUAUUAUUGCUGCAGACAAAGCUAUUAUUUGUUCUCCCCGCUACGUGUAUGUAAAUACAUUUAUAUGCAGGUUGGUUCACCUAAACCUACCAUUUAAAUUACUUAAAAAUCGUUCGUUGUGUACGAAAAUGUUUCGAAUAAGAGUUACGGGGUAUAAAGUGGAACAUACAAUGCUAUGAUUAGUUUAUUCUACUAAGUAGUUACUACUUAGUUCGUAUUACAGUCUCGUUAGAAAAGCAAAGGGGACAAAAUUAAUCGUAGGUAAUGUAUUCUCCACUUUAUACCUCGCAACAUUUGUCCGAAACAUUCUUUUAUAUAAUAAACGAUUAUUAAGCAAUGUAAGUGUCAGGUUUGGGUGAACUACUCUGUAUACAAUAUAUGUAUACAUAUAUACAUAUAUAAAUACGAAGAAAUAUAGGAUUAAGGGAUACACACUCCACGAACAUGGACAAACAAAAAAAGAAUACACUUUACACGCGUAGAUAGAUAGUUUAUUAUACCAUUAUUAAUUAUUAUUAAUUAUUAUCAUUAUUACGAUUAAUUAUUACGGAAGAGUACCGAUAUUUAAAUGUUGCUGAACUACGCGGCGAAAAGAAAUACGAUUACGAACAAGCGUUGUGUAGUGUAAAUGAGAGAGUGUGUUUAAAAACGAUUGGCUGUCUGUUGCGUUUGUGUGAACGCGCGUGUCUGUGUUGUUUUUUUGAGCGAACUUCCGGAAGUAUGCGCGAGAGAAUAAGGGGCCGUGUAUUGGGGGCGGAGUGGAAUGGAUGACGAGACAAAUUGUACAGCCCUUAGCUCCUAUCGAAACCUAUCCACCCCCAAAAAGUCCCCCACCACCACCGGCCGCCCCCAGUCAUAGCAAUUAUGAACCGCGGGCCGGCAGGUCUGAGUAUAAUUUUUUGUACUGUGUAAAUGU